CAGGAACUACGGAAACUUGUUCGAAGAGUACAAUCAGCUGGAGGCAUUCUAGUGAAUGGCAGUGUGGUGGCGAACGACGUUGAGUUGACCAGUGCAAAGAAGCCUCUCAUUCGCUUUUUGCAUACACUGGCAAAGAAAGCAUAUUCUCAAUAAAGGUUCUGAGGUUCGGACCAGUGUGGUCAUCUUUUGUGGAUGAAGUGGAGGCUUUGGUGGUUCGACGAGUUUCAUUACGAAUUACCAUCAACAACGAUUGUCUACACCACCAACAGGCGAUAGCUGGAAGAAGCCGACAAAAUUCGUGCAUCACGAGGCUGCGGGAGAUAAGCAUUACGACGUUCUAUGAUGGGCCACCGCGAGUAGUCCACUAAUACGUUCGUCAUGCUCCACGUGGACCACGGUUGCUGUUCAACACUGCCAAGUUCCCGACGUCCAGUCCACUAACCAGUCACUGGCCCACUGAGCAAAACGCAAAGUACGGAACUACCCCUACUUGCGAUUCUCUCAAUGACAGCCAACAUUUUUGUCAUUUCGAUUGACUACCGAGUCCCGACCUCCGCCGCUGCCUCCGCUGCCCCGCUUCAUCGGCCCUUUGCUUCUCUGCCUCGUUCUGCCACUCUAGUCCCGGCUACAGUUGGAACCGCCGUCUCAUGGCAAGUCGCGAUGAAUCCCUGGCCUCCGACCUCGAAGAUCCUGCCUCCGUUGCCGCCCAGCCCCUCCUACUGCCGCGCCCCGUCGCUGCCGCUGCGGGAGGCGAUGCCUCCGUUACCGGGCUAAGCCCAUCGACCAACGAGUCCUACUCUCCCAUCUCCUACCACUACGGUCGACGCCCUCCCCGAGACAUCCCGGCUCUACUCCUCUUCCUCUUCUUCUGCAUCGCGACUUUCGCCCUCGGCAUCACCGCCCUAGCCCGUCGGAACGCUGCCGCCUCCCGUGUCUCCUUCUAUGUUUUCGACCGCAAUACCUCCUCCUGCGUCCUCCCUUCCUCGAAUUCCUUCUCCUCUUCCUUCUCUUCUUCCCCGUUCUUGAAGGAUCUCAUCUGGACCCUCGUCGUCACCUUUCUGCUCUCCGGCCCCAUCGCCCUCGCAGUCCUCUGGAUCCUUCGGCGUUACGCCAAGCAAGUGGUAUACGCGGCCAUUCCUUUCUUUAUUCUCAUCCCAUCCUUUCUCAAUAUCUAUUGGUUUGUCGCCUGCACCAUCGGCCGCGACUGCAGCAACGCAUUCCCGCUCGGCUACCGCAUUAUCGUCCUUAUCUUUGUCUUCCUUCUUAUCGGUGUGUUCAUCUGGAUUAUCGUCGCCAACUGGCGCCGUGUCGAACUGACUGUUCAAAUUGUCCGAGUGGCCGCGAAUGCGCUCGCGAGCAACAUCGCGCUCCUUGCCGUCCUUCCAGCAAUGGGGCUCGCGCUGCUCGUCUACUUCUCUCCGAUAUGUGUGUUCCUAAUAUUCUCGACCUGGAACGGAAGGGUAGUCCCGAGGGAGGUCAAGGGAACGAGUGGGGAGUAUUAUAAAUGCGUUUGGAAACAGGAGAGUUGGGUUCCUGCUUAUUUUGCGCUAGCAAUCAUUACUAUGAUCUGGUCUGCAGCAACGUUGGUGGAGGCGAAUGUAUAUGUAAUUGGUGACACUGUUGCGCAGUGGUACUUCAACAAGGAGGGAUCGAAGCCUGCAAAGAGCUUAAGGAGUUCAUUAAGGAAUGCCUUUGGCCCAUCCUUUGGUACAGUGUGUUUUUCAGGAAUGGUGAUGGGUGCUGUACGUUUUGUACGUAGUAUUGUAGAUAGUGCAAGGCAAGAUGAAGAUGCUCGUGGUUUUGUGAAUCUAAUUUUCAAGUGCUGUGCUGAAUUCUUGCUGGCAGCAUUUGACUUUGUCAACAAAUUUACCAUAAUUUUUGCCGCAAUAACUGGUGAAAGCUACUGCUCUUCAGCUAAGAUGACUUAUGAACUUCUUAGAAGGAAUCUUCUCUCAGCUGUUUUUGUUGAAACUGUUUCGACACGGAUCCUUAUUGGCAUAAUUUUUGUCCUCUCAGCAUUAUAUGCUAUAGUGGUCUGUGCAAUUCUAAGGGCUAUCAGUGCUCUGGGGGAGAACAUGUAUUAUGUAGCAGCUCUUGCAUGGCUUCUUCUCAUUGUGGUGUUGGGCUGCUUCAUCAACGUACUGGACAAUGUUAUCGACACUGUCUACGUCUGCUAUGCGAUCGACAGGGACAAAGGGGAAGUCUCCAAGUCGGAGGUCCAUGAGGUUUAUAUGCAUCUACCAAUUAGUAGAAACCACAGGUCAGCCCUUGGCAGGCCCUCCCAGAUUGCUUGACAUUUUUGUCAUCACACCCCUGUAAAAAGAACAGCCCUUGUGAGGACAUACUGUUGCGGCUACCUGAUGUUUUUCUAGUUUAAGUAGUCUUCUUCCGCUUGUAUCAUAUGUAUUUGUUUCCCAGUCUUUGACGGAUCUAUGCAACUUAAACAUUGCGAUCUUUUCCAUCA